AUGGCCUUCAAAUUCCUCUCGAAUAGCACUCUCCGAGGCGAAAAGGCCGCCUUGGGAACCACGCUGCGCAGCCACUUUACCCCAGCAACGAUCCUGCGCCUCAUCCUCCGCCUCUUCCAAUUCGUCAUGGGUCUCACCGUCAUCGGCAUGUACGCCGUCGACCUCGACAACGCACGCAAGCAAGGCAAAUACGUCGACUCAAAGUGGGUCUGGGCUACCCUCUGCGGCGCCCUCGGCGCCUUCGUAUCCCUCCUAUUCAUGAUCCCGUUUUUGGCGCGAGUGGUGCUGUUGUUUGCAGUGGAUGUGGUUGUGUUCGUCUGCUACAUUGUUGCGUUUGGGAUUUUCGGAAACAUGUAUAUUGGGGAGGAUGCCGAGGGGGACAAGGGCGUGCAGAGGAUGAAGAAUGGUGUUUGGGUGCUGCUGACGAAUGUGGUGCUUUGGUUUAUCUCAGCCGUUGUGGGCGCGGCUUUGUUUUGGAGGGCGAGGAAGGCAAGGACGACGCAUACCGGACGGGCGCCGCAGCACGUCUAG